UUCCUCUUCAAUCCCUCUCUUCUCCGGUGAGCCAUUAACAAUCUCUCUCUUUUCCGUCGACCCCAAAGCCAACCUCACUCUCUCAUGCUCUUCGACGGCAACGAUGGGUUAGAAGAUGAACAGUCACGGAAGAGAGUGUGAGUGUUUCAGGACGUUUGGUUACAAGAAUAACGGAGCAAGGCGUCAUAGACUUGAUGAGCUGGGAGGGUUGAAUCAAUUGAAGGGGGGACUACUUAUUGGACCAUUGGAACAUGUGAAAGACAAGGAAGAAGCAAUGAAAACAACUUCAGUGGAUGGAACUGGCUUUUAGUAGAUAGUAUUGUGUUCGGGGUUUGCCUUAAUUCCAGCCAUAUACAAAAGUCUCGUGGGGUCUUGUCAUAUCAUCAAAUAUUAUUAAGCCUGUGAUUCAACUUCUAACUAUUAGCAAUCUUUCCAUUCUCUGACAUCCUCUCAUCUCUUUGUAGCUUUCGCGCGACUAUGGAAGGUGGAAAGCUGUUAGAGGUUCUCUAUACUUAUCCGUUGGAGGGAAUACUAAGGAAGGUGGGUACACUUGCUGCUCAAGAAAUCAGUCUUUUCCGAGGAUUCAAAAAGGAACUAACUGAGCUUCGUCAAUCGAUAAUGGCAAUUCAAGAGUACUUAGGCGAUGUUGCCUACCAACCACAGGAUCGGGGCAUGGCAGUUAGACAGUGGGUCAAGAAACUGAAAGACGUAGCUCGUGAUGCGGAUGACGUCUUGGAGGAAAUCAACUACGAAGUUCUCCGGCGUAAAGAAGAGCUUCGAAACCAUUUGAAGAAUAAGGUACUCAACUUCCUUUCACUCUCCAAUCCCAUUUUGUUUCGUCAAGAAAUGGCACACAAGAUUAAGAACAUCAAUGCGUCGCUGGCGGUUCUCAAGAUUGAAGCAUCUCUGAUUCACUUAGUUGCAAGGAGAGUCGAUGCAACCACCCCAGGUAUGGGGAACAGGGAAACUGUCUCAAGCUUUGGUGAUGAUGAAAAGAUCAUUGGAAGGGAGGAGAUUGUGUCAGGUAUAAUUGCAACCUUGAUCGAGUCCAAGAAUCAGGAAAAGAACCUUUCGGUUAUGGCGAUUGUGGGAAUGGCGGGACUUGGAAAGACGACUUUGGCAAAAUCAAUAUUCAAUGAAGAUGCUAUUGGUAGACAUUUUGAUGAAAAACUGUGGGUGUGUGUAUCUAACACCUUUGACGUUAAUUUGAUUCUAGAUAGGAUGCUCGAGUCGCUUAACUCGGACAAGACUGGAUUUAAAAGUCAGGAAGCAUUGCUUAAUACUCUCAGAAAAACAUUGAUAGGGAAGAGAUAUAUGUUGAUACUCGAUGAUGUUUGGAAUGAAGAUGAGACUUUAUGGAGCAGCUUGAUGAGUUGUUUGUUAAAAGUUAAUUCUGCUCCCGGAAGCAUUAUCAUUGUUACUACCCGCAGUACCGAAACUGCAUCGAUCACAGAGACGCUGCCGCGAUGUUGUUUGGGGAUUCUAUCAGUAGAGGAUUGUUGGUCCAUUUUAAAAGGUGAAGCUUUUCCAGAUGGUAGUUCCACCCUAGAUUCAGCUCGUGAAACCAUUGGAAGGGCGAUCGCUGAAAAGUGUGCUGGUGUACCAUUGGUGGUAAAGGUUUUAGGAAGCAUGAUGCGUUCUCGAAAUAGCACACAUGAAUGGCUCUCAAUUCAACAUAAUAAAAUAUGGGAAUUACCAAAAGCAGAGGAUAGAAUCAUGUCGGUAUUGAAGUUGAGUUUUGAUAAUUUGAAAUCGCCAUCUUUGAAGCAGUGUUUUGCAUAUUACUCAAUGUUUAUGAAAGAUUGUAAAAUUGAAAGGGAUAACUUGAUCGAGCUUUGGAUGGCGCAAGGAUUUCUCCAUACUUCUCCCACAAAAAAUAUGGAGGAUAUAGGGAAUGAAUAUUUUAAUAUUCUACUGCAAAACUCGUUAUUUCAAGAUGCUAUAAAAGAUGAGUAUGGAAUGGUUACCAAAUGCAAGAUGCACGAUUUAGUGCAUGAUUUUGCAGAAGAAGUAUUUAAAUCUGAAAGCUUGACCUCGGACCUCAAUGAGAUGGAUGAUACACUUGAGAUUCAGCAUGUUGCAAGGAUUUCUUCCACUACACUUGAAAGAAUUCCACAAGGGAGUGUUAGAAGAUUGCGGUCAUUGUUUGUUGAUGGCAAGGUCCCUAAUAGCAUCUUACAAAGGUUUACAGGUUUGCGGAUGUUGAAUUUAUACAGGGCUAAAAUUGAGGAGUUGCCUAGUUCAAUUGGUGAUCUAAGACACAUGAGGUAUCUGAACAUUUCUGGGACUAGAAUAAAAGAACUCCCAAAGUCUACUGGCAAGCUCUAUAACCUUCAAACGUUAAGAAUGUGUGAAACAAACUUUCUUAAAAUGUUUCCAACAGAACUGGAAAAUUUGAUCAACUUGAGACAUGUGUAUUUCGAUAAGGUUAGGAAAGUUCCAUUUGGGAUGAGAAGAUUGACUGAUCUGCAAACAUUAUCUUCCUUUACAUUGGAUAAGGCGAGCAGUCAUGGAAUUGAUGAGCUGGGUGGUUUAAACCAAUUGAAGGGAAAACUUAUUCUUAGAUCAUUGGGAUGUGUGAGGGACAAGGAGGAAGCACAGAAAGCAAAUUUAGUGGGAAAGGCAAACAUACAAAGGUUGGAACUUUGUUGGGGGUUUUCCAGGGCAAGAAACGCGAAUCUGCAUGACCGGGAUAUACUAGAAGGGCUCCAACCGCCACCGAAGUUAGAAAGCUUAAAGAUUUUGAACUUCAAGGGUACUAAAUUUGCAUCAUGGAUGACGGGUGAUUUGUUGCCAUUCAAUUUAACAGAGGUUGAGCUGUAUAAUUGCACAGAUUGUGAAGAAGUCCCAACACUCGGCCACUUACCAAAUCUUAGAAGUAUUGUUUUUUAUGGUAUGGAUAAGAUUAAAUGUGUGGGAGUCGAGUUUUAUGGUUACAACUAUGUUAAGAAUGAUGGGGUGGCUACAACCAGCAGAAGAAGGAAUCAGACGUCCAGGGUGGCUGUGUUUCCAGCAUUGAAAAGCUUAAGAAUUGAGAAUUGCCCAACUCUAAGUGAAUGGAAGGAACCGGUUGUUCAGGUAGUGUUUCCCUGCCUUGAGGAGUUGACUCUUAGGAAUUGUAUGGAAUUGAGAAAUGCUCCCACUCAGUUUCCGUCUCUCCGGGAGUUGGAAAUAUUGGCUGUUGAUAACACCUUGCCAAUAGAAAAUAUAUGCAGUCAAGUAACCACUCUCGCUUCUGUCGAAAUAUAUGGUAUUAAGGAGCUUACUUGUCUGCCGGCAGGAGUGGUGGAAAAGAACCACAAUCUGAGGUCACUGGUAAUCGAAUAUUGUGAAAAGAUGAGGUAUUUAUCUGAUGCACCACACACGCUCCCUCUCCUUGAGAAGCUUAUUAUACGGCGCUGUCCUAGUCUUUUAGAGUUGACUCCAAUUACACGCGGCAUACCAUGUCUCCGUGAAUUGAAAAUUGAGUACUGUGAGAAACUGUCAAGCUUGUCUUUUGGGUUAGAAAAUUGCAACGCCCUUGAGACGUUGGAGAUUGAAAAUUGCCCCAAUCUAACAUUCAUUCCAAUUUCACCAUCCCAUUCUCUUCAGGAGUUGAACAUAUUUGGUUGCCCAAAGUUAAGAUGCAUUUCAAUUCACAGUCUGCCUUCCCUCUGCAAAUUAGUUAUUGAAAGGUGUACUGCACUCAUGGAGGAGGCUGAAGAGGAGGACGAGGACAAGAACGAGGACGAGUUGUCGUUAAAUGGUUGCGCAUGCCUCCGUGUUUUGGAAAUUAAAGCAUGCAAUGGAUUCACAAGUAUACUGAGUGGACUUCAUUCCUGUACUAGUCUCCGCAAACUGUUUAUCGAGGAUUGUCCCAAUUUGAGGACUUUGUCGGGUCAUGGGAUACAAACCCCAGUCUCUCUUGAAGAUCUGAGUAUCAAGAAUUGCCCUAAUCUAGAGGCUGUUCCUAGUUUAGGCAACCUCAAAUCCCUUCGUCAGUUGCAUAUUGAGAAAUGUGGUGGAUUAACAAGUAUACCAAGUGGGAUCGCAUCCUGCACUUCUCUUGCCACUUUGUCUGUCAUAGGUUGCCACGAUUUGAUAUCUCUGGCAGAUCAAGAUGUGUCCACCUUGCAAUCCCUUUGCUCUUUAAAAUUGUCAGAUUGUGGGAAAUUACAAUAUUUUCCCAAGGGGCUGCAGUCUCUAUCUCGUUUGGAAGAGAUGUCAAUCGGUGCAUACUGGGAGGAGCUAGUUUCUUUCCCGGAUUUUCAAGUUCCAUCACAACUUGAAAGAUUAGAGUUGCUGGGAUGGCCAAAGCUCAAGUCUUUACCUCAACAAAUUCAAGACCUAACUUCUCUAACAUGUUUGUCCAUUUAUGGUUUCGAUGGAGUGGAGGCUCUUCCAGAGUGGUUGGGCAAACUUACAUCUCUUACACAGUUGCAAAUUCGUGAAUGUAAGAAUCUGAUGUAUCUGCCUACCGUCGAAGCUAUGAAACGUUUAACCAAAUUACAUGACCUAGAGAUUGAUUUGUGUCCGCGUUUGAUGGAAAGAUGCGACAAGAACAGCGGCCCGGAAUGGCCAAAGAUUUCCCACAUUACAAAUAGCAGUGUUUACUCGCAUGACGUAUCGGAUAAUCACUCGGAAGAUUCCAAUUCGACCCAUUAGACGCCCCAACAAUCUCGCACAUUUGGAUAUUCAUGCUUUUAAUCUUUAAAGAGGAAUAUAUGCAUAGGCGAGUAGUGCCUGUCCCGAUGGUGUGCAAGAUUUACUCUUAUGCUAAUCGUUUCAAGUUCACAUUUAAGCAAAAAAAGACAUUUACUCAAUUGGAACAACAAGUGAUGCGUAAUAUUUAAGACCAAACGUUGUCCAGAGUGGCUGGAUAACCUUGCAUCUCUGACUUCGCUGCAUAUGACGAGGUUGGUAGAAUGUGAUGUAUGAUGUAUCAGCCUACCGUCGAAGCUUAUGCAACACCUAACCAAAUUGAGAGAGCUAGAGAUUGAACUCUCCCCCUGUCUAAAGAUUACUUCAAAUCCUACUUGCUUCAAGGUGCACCAUUGAGGACUGUGAUAAUGUGCUCGUGGUUGAAGCUAUGCAGCGUCUCGCCAAAUUACAUGAGCAAGUGAUUCGUAAUUGUCCCUGUCUCAAGGAAAGAUGAGCCAACUAGCCCAAAACAGCCCAAGAUUUCUCAAACCCAAACUA